AUGAUCACCCUGAAUAAGCUGCAACGGUUGUCCAGCUUGCAAGCUGCCCGGCUUGGCGUCAUCAAACUUGCAGCCAGCAGAGUGUGUACGCCAGCUCCACUAUGUGCAGAAGAACCUGUGGAGGCUGAUAUUUCUCGGUUGUUGUUGAUUGGCGCGGUGGGCGCGGCUGCUGUGGGCACCGGGUCGUGGCUCCUGAGGCCACGUGCCGAGGUGCUCUCUGAUCGAAUUUACCCGCGUGACUGGCGGUAUGUAUGCGAGGGGCAGCGCUUCCUACUCUGUGCUCCGAAGGGAACCGACAAGUUACGCGACUGGGGCCGCUGGGGCGGCUAUGUAUUGCAGCUGCGCAAGAGUCCCGGCGCGAGCAGCAACGCUAUGGAGAAGCUGGACACGACGAACAGCUUGGACGGGCAAGUCGGCGUCCAGCGCAUGCUCAGCAUGGCAAUUCCGCGACUUUUCCUCAGCAUCCCAGAAAUUGUUAGCGUGCCAGGCGCAGAUGUCAGGGCUUUGGAUGCGCACCUCCUAGCAGCCAGGCCUCAGAAUCAGCGCAGGCAACGUCUGGAUGUCCACGAAGAGCCUGGACGAGUUGCUAAGGUGCUUCUCCUUCGCAAAGAAAACCUGCUCGAUGCGUGGGCACCAUCUUUGUCGCUGGAGCUAUCGCCUGGAUGUGGUGUGAAGGAAAUCGACGGCAUGCCCUCCCGGCAUUCCAUGGCUUUCCAGCUUGCCAACGGCAAGGCCGAGCAAGACUGGAACUUGACACUCUUUUCAAAGAACUCCGCCGAGUGUGCAGGUGCUAUUUCAAAGUCAGUUUUAGAUCCAAGUUGUAACGGUUGCGAGGUCUUCGGCAGUGGCGGAAGACAUAUCGGUCACACAAAUGUGAGCACACGUGAUGAGCUGUUGCAGAGCCUUGGCCUGUCCCUGGAAGAGGUUGCAGAAGCAGGGGCCGCCAUCUUAUCAAGCCAGGACUCGGUGUUGGAUUCUUUGCGGAGGCUGCAGGUGUUUGCGGCCGGCAACGCCGAGCGACUUGCGGGCCAAAUGCUUGUGGAGCUGCGAAAGCAUCGCAACGAAAGCCCAGAUGGCCCGGAUGUGCUCCUGCAAACCCAGCACUUUCAAGCCGCUCUGGCUGCUUUGGCCAAGUCUCCGCGCCGGGCCCUCAGACCUUCAAGCACGGCAUAG